GAAAUCUCGAACCCUGGAAGGUUCUGAGCCUGAAAGAGUUAAUUUGGGUGACGUGUUUUUGUUUGAGAUUUUUAGCUUCCUCGGAGAGAGAAAUUGUAAAGACAUCAGUUGAAGGCUGAGGACAGAAUGAGAGGGGGGGGGGAGAGAGAGAGAGGGGGAGAGAGAACACAUGGCGAGAGGAAUACACUGAAUUCCCAAUUGACAACUGAAUUUCUAAUUCACAGUCGGGAACACUUGUGGUAAGAGGAGUCGAGAUUCCUGGGGAAAGUGAUGAGAGUCAGAGGGAGAGCAGUGCCGCGUGGGGUCGGGGCAGAGUCAGAGAGGCAGCAAGCAUGAGGAGUCGCUGUAGAAAUCAAUGGGGCGAUAGGAUCACAGCCCAGGGUGAAGGCAGAGGCCGAGGCAGCCAGCUAGCGAUUGGAGCAAGAGGCGAAUCCUGGGCGACAACGGAGGUUGGAGUGGGAGCAUGGAGCCAAGUCGGUGCCGAGAAAGCGAGCGAGCCGCGGCCGUCCGGGGACCCGCACCGCAGCCGGAGCCAGUAGAGACGGCAACAGUUCCAGCAGAGCGAAGAUAACUCAGCCGGCGAGCGCUUACAUCUGCCAAGACACGGGGGAAGGGACAAGCUUGAGGAGUUGACACAGGGCAGCUCAAAGCACGGGAUGCUCCAGCAGGUUUAACCCAGAAGAAAGGGAGAUGACGCCUAACUCUGAGAUGAAGGUUCCUCUGCUGUGCUCUACUUUCCUCUUCAAGGCAUUUACUUUCAUAUUCUGCCUACAGAUUACCAUAUAAAAUAACCUCCAAAGUAGCCUUUACCAAACUGUGGCUAUAGCUGUUACAAUGGAAUCUAUCCUUUUAUAAUUUUGUUUUGAGUUCCAGCAAUUGCUAAAUCAUCGUUCCAAGUUGUUGCCUCUAAAAAUGGUUUGUCAAUGAACUUCAUAAUUAGUGCUCUGGAACUUGUAACUGAAGGACUCUGAUGUUCUUUGGGAGACUCAGUGGGAACGCAUUACUGCAGGUAUGGCAGUGAGCGCAGUGAAGUCAAUGUAUUGGGAAGUGUUCCCUCCAAUGCCCACUAAGCGAGUGUACUGCACUCCUGUGUAUCAGGACAGGCAAUUAUUUGUAUUCGGAGGCUGCAGUGAGACAGGAUUGCCUCUGGACAAGGUGGAAAUGCUGGACGUAGUCAGUCAGAAGUGGACGGGGCUUCCCUCGAUGCCCACUCCACGCGCUGGGGCUGCAGUCGCCAUUCUGAACAAGCAAAUCCUCACCAUUGGAGGCAUGAACGAAGACCAGUGCCCCCUAGGAUCAAUGGAUGUCUUUAACAUGGACGAAGGCAAGUGGGAGAAGAAAGCACCACUGGGACAACCUUCAAUGGGAAUCACAGCUGUCAAAAAAGACGGCAAGGUGUACGCUCUGGGAGGGAUGGGCUUGGAGGCCGCCCCACAGGCACUGGUACGCGUCUACGAAGCAGACAGAGAUCACUGGCAGCCCUUGCCACCGAUGCUGACCCCACAGUACGCUGCCUCUGCCUUCCUCAAGAGCAACAAGAUCUUUGUCCUAGGAGGAAGACAGGGUAAGCUUCCAGUGACGGCUUUUGAGGCCUUGGACCUGGAAACAAAGAGCUGGACCAAGUAUCCCUGUAUCCCGAGCCGCCGUGCAUUUGCUAACUGUGCCAUGACUGAGAAAUGCUUUUACAGCCUGGGUGGUCUACAGCAACCAGGCCCUCACAACUUCUACUCCAGGCCACACUUUGUCAACACGGUGGAAGAAUUCGACAUGGAACAAGGAAAUUGGUUGAAACAGUCCCGCUCCACACGGAUGAGGGAGAAGCGUGCAGAUUUUUCUGUGGGUCACGUUGGAGGAAGAAUGAUUGCAGCCGGGGGUCUAGGAAACCAACCAGUACCACUUGGAUCAGUCGAAGGGUUCAAUCCAGUCAAGAGGAAAUGGGAAAGUCUACCUCCGAUGAAUUUCCCGCGUUGCUCUUGCGCCAACCUCCAAGUCGACAACAUGCUCUUUGUGAUCGGUGGUGUUGAACAGGGACCCAGUAACGCUGUGGAAGCCUUGUGUGACCGAGAGAGCAUCUGAACCGUGUGAAACUCUGAAACAGUCAUGGCGUAGAUCAACCGUUAAUUCAAUUACGGGCUUCUCGAUUAGUGUUCCUGUCAGUGUUGUUUGAAGAAUAUACAUGUUAUCAGUGAACGCUUUUAAAAUAACUGUUGUGAUACAAAGGCGCAUAAGAAACUCUUAAACACAAGGGCGAUGUUUCCUUGUAGAACUAGUUAAGUAUUUUCAUUCUUAACAAAAAAAACAAAUUGCUGGAGUAACUAGAGGGUCAGGCAGCAUCUCUGGAAGACAUGCAUUGGUGACGACUCGGGUCGGAUUGCAUUGUCUCAAACAAAAUGUGGUCAACUGUAGAAUGAUGAAAAACUGAUACAACUUUUAGACAGAAUAGGAGAUGAAUGUACGCAAGUGAGAGUGGAUCUCACUGUUGCAAAACGAGCAUUAAAUUAAGGAACAAUGGUUGAAGCAUACAGAAUGCAAAAUGGCUCAACAAAUUGUAGGUAAUCACUUA